UCCACCACGGCAGCAUUUCGCCCACCGGUCUCUUUACGCACCUAUCUCUCCCUCUCGCUUCCUACCCCCUUAUAGAUCUCUCGCCUACCCCGCAAUCUCCUCUCACGACCCCUCGUGGUAUCCCACCUCCCCCACCUGCCGGCCUUUCGCGAACCGUGCAUACACGACACUGGAUGCACGACACCUCCCUCUCCGUUCACCCCUUUUUCCCCUGGCACCUAUGCGUGAACGUGUUCGCGGCCGGACGUGUUAGUGUGAGUGCGGUAUGAUGAAUGAACGGCGUUUUAGAGGGACGGAUGUAACGCGCGGUCCCACCUAGUCUUUUCGCACGAUCGUACGUCACACACCGGCGUCGCCGGAUCCUUGUGACGAUGCAUCUCGCAGGAGAACUGUAGUUCGCCCACGUGGAAGUACGGACCAGCUGCGCUGGAAGGAUUUAGUGGCGCGCCGGUUCUCUCUCUUUCUCUCUCUCUCUCUUUCUUAUUCUCUCUCUCUGUGUGUGUGAUUACGCGAGACUUGUCGCCCAGUCAUUCACACAGUUCGUGACAGUUGAUAAGGGACGAAAAGGUAUAUCUGGUGUGCUCGUGACGACAGAUGCGUGAGAUGUUUCCCCUUGAUAAUGAACGAUGCAUUCGGUGGUGUAACGACGAACGAGUGCGUCGAGCGACUUUAAAGAUUAGACUCGAACACUCUACGAUUCAGUUUGACGAGUGCGGGACUGAUCGUUAAAUACGCGAUCCAUUUAUUAGCCAUGGGUGUGUUUUUUUUUUACUAUUGACUGAAUGCACGGGCGAAUGAAUUUUUCACGCAUAGAGAACGCGAUGAAUAAUGAAUCGUAAUAGAAACGGGCACGUGGUCGUUUUCGCAUCAUCGAUAUUUUGUGAAUAUUUCGUGUGAUGAAUGCUAUGAAUAUAGAAAAAUCGUCAUUUUUAAAUUCCACUCUAUCGCGUUGAUGAAUUGUGUUUUUAUCUCAGGAAGAUACAUCGCCUUUGUCGAAUUGUUGUGACUUUGAAGAAACAGUUGCAGUGAAAUGUACCGGAAACGAUGGACUAUAAAAGUACUCGGAAUGAAUUUACGAUAUAACGGCAAUGGGACCAGUUGGUGCAUACCUUUCAAGAUGAUCUGCACUUUCUUUCUCUUCAUACUGCUGCACGAAAGCAUCGCGUACGAAUCACACGUUUCCAUGGUGGACGCUUUCCAAGAACGCAUAACGCCGGAAAUUGGUCCAUACUUCGACAACACAAUGCCCUCCAGCGUCACUGGCUUGGCCGGAGAUACUGUUCAACUGGGAUGCAGAGUAAAGAAUCUCGGAAAUAGAACGGUUUCGUGGGUGAGGCACCGUGAUAUCCAUUUGCUAACAGUUGGUACUUACACUUACACGAGCGAUCAGCGUUUCGAGGCGAUGCAUAAUAAACUUCAUACGGACGAAUGGAUUCUCAGAAUACGAUAUCCCCAGCGAAAAGAUUCCGGUAUCUACGAGUGCCAAAUAUCCACCACUCCGCCCAUCGGUCAUCCUGUUCAUCUUAUUAUAGUCGAACCUGUAACGGAAAUAGCCGGCGGUCCAGAUCUGUUCAUCAACAAGGACAGUACGAUAAACUUAACAUGUUACGUGAGAUACGCGCUCGAACCUCCAUCGACGAUAAUUUGGAGCCACAAUCACCAGGCGAUUAACUUCGACUCGCCGAGGGGUGGCAUCAGCCUGGUAACGGAAAAGGGGCCCGUGACUUCGAGCCGUUUACUCAUUCAGAAGGCGGUCGAAAGAGACUCCGGCCUUUACACGUGCUCGCCCAAUAACACUCAUUCUAACAGCGUGCGGGUCCAUGUAGUCAAUGAAGAACACCCGGCGGCGAUGCAUCACGGGAGUGGCGACAGAAUGGCCGCGACGCUGCUUCCGGUCGUCCUACUUCUUUGGAUGAUAUUCUAGCCGACGCUAUGCACUCCGGGUUGAAUGCGCACGAACUUAAGCGUGGUCGUCUAACUCCUACGAAACUAGCGGGCGGAGAUUCUGUUUCGCGGUUUUGUCUCCGGGAAUUCAGCUCGCUGCGCGAACGCGUAUUCGACACAUCCGCAUUGCGAAAGUAACGCGAAUCUCAUCCAUGGUUCGCGUCGCAACGUCUCUCCCAUUACAUCGUUAAAGCGUCAGGAUGACUAACAACAAUAAGGCGCAUCCACGUUACGGGAAAUGCAAUUAUUGCGAUGUCGUCGUCUGGAAGACACGAAUUGAAAACGAAUGAUGUUAGGAUAAAGAAGAUCGGUAAAUGAUGGUUGAUGCAGUUAUAUACAAUCGCACCGAGUAUUAUAUAUUUCGUUCUAUGCGAUCGCGUAUAAAACGAUAUAAUUAUAUUUUUCGAACAAAACGAAUGCAAACAUUUCUAUAGCUUAAUAGAGGAUUAAGAUAGAAUAUUUUCAAUUAGCAAAGAAAUGUCCAACGAAAUUUCUCAACUCGUUUAUACAUUCUUCUAUUCCGUAAUCAACAGGUAAAAGUUGAUGUACGAUACUUCUUAAACGAUUAGUCGAUUUUCUGAAAAUGGAAUUCUCGCGGUACUUUCAAGGCCGUUGUCAUUUCGUGAAAAAGAACAGUGUCUAGAAUCUUGUCCCAGUAACGGAAACAAGUACCAAGUUUUUUUCUCGGUCCGGCGACGAGUCGCAAGUCCGUUUCCAUCGUCUGGAAUCUUUCCUCACUUUUCAAAAUAAAAAUCCUCCGAACGAAGAAAGAACAUUUCGCAAAGGCGGAGAAGAGCUAUAUUAAUAUAAUGUUCGACCUGAAAAUUACCAGCAAACACAUUUUCUGCAAUGAUUGCGAAGAAAAGAAACAGCAAUGAAAAAAUUGCGCUAAUCCAAAAAAAUUCGACUCGAGCGCGAUAUUAUUUUCCGAUAUUAAAAAAAUCUAGAAGAAAUCUUAUUGCACGUAAUGUUCCAUAAACUUGGAACAAUUGACGAAAAAGAUUAAAACGAUUUGGAUAAGUUAGAUGAACGUAGCGUCAUGCAAAAUUGCGUGAUAAUAGGCGAUAAAUUAAUUCGUAUGUAUCAAAUGAAAGAAACACACGCACACUGUCGAACGGAAUAUGUCGGGGGUAUUUCAUUUAUAAUAAAAUUAACCAUCGCGUCUACUAUUUCCACUUAAAAGCCUUGAACACGAACGCCGCGUUUCCGUUAUUGCAGUUAUUCAAUUAUUGAAUGCACUCGGUAGACCGAACAUUCGCUCCACUCGUUGCGACUGUCAACAAUGUCUCGGCUGCGACUAGUCUCGGGUAUAUAUCCCGACGUAAUCUUGUUAUCGGAUUAUUGAUUACCGCGCACGAGACGAGCCGGAGGCUUUUACGCAAAUAGAAUUUUAUUAAUUAUAAAUACAUAUAUUUUAAAAAAAAAGCUGCUAUACUAUAUUCUAAAAUUUGAAAUAUAUGUUAGGAUGUGAGAAAAAAUGUAACACGAACGAAAAUCUCAAACGCGUGGAUUAUUUUAACGAAGGCAAAAACAUGUUAAGGGUAUGAUAUAUAAUUUUCACUUACGUAGGAUAUGCAUGCGGAUGUCGGAAAUUUUUAUUGAGAAAAAUCGAUUAAAUUGUUGUUUUUAAUUGUUUCGAUUUCCUUUAACAAGCUCUCUUUCUCUCUCGCUCUCUCUAGGUUGGUUUCAUUUUUGCAAAAAUUUUUCAAAUAUUACAUCAAAAUUCUAACUCUACAACAUUUUAUAGUCCAAAAUAUUACAAUGUAAAAGUUGUACUAUAUAUAAAAUGUGUUACUCCAGAAGCUAAGAAGAGACAAAGCUCGAAAUAUAAAUAACGAGAAAGAAAGGGAGAACAAUUUAACGACGUAUACUGGAUUAUACGACGAAUAGACGUUACGUUUGCGCCUUGUACACAUCAAACAAUAAAACUCAUUCAACUUUCGGAAGUAAGGAUUGACGCGCUGACGGCUUUUGGAAUAUAGAAUCUCAAACUUGAAAACUCAUGCGCGCAGGAAAGGGAUGCAGGACUUUUAUGCAGGUACGUAAAUAUAACCAAGCUUUUCCAGGCUCAAAACGGCACAACUUACCUAUCAGAAAGAAAAGGGAGGUUUAUUCCCCGAACUCUCUUAUAAUGGCUCGACUUCGAGACGGAUUUUGUUCUUGUGUUACGGUUACCGGUAAAAAUGUAUUGUUCAAAAGUGCAUUAGCUCUCUCGGAGAUUCGAACACGAUGCGCCGCGCCGAGACGAUAUCCCGAGACUAUGUUUCCGCUAGUAAAGGGGACUGCAUUGUGUCUUCGCAGUAAGCUUGGCAGUAUUAUUGCGCUGGAAAUGUACCUCAUCGCUUCUUCAGGACCACUCGCGAGAACGCUGAAAACGGCUUCGAUAUCCCCUCGAUUCUUGUCGCUAUUAGCGUCCAAGAUCAAAUUUUUCUUCUGUCAAUGGGACCAUGUAAUCGGAGCGCAUUGGUCCAAUUGCGAAUAAUUCGCGUUAGCGAAUGCGGACGCCGAUGUAACGGACGAUCCUAUAUAUAGUUGCUGUAUAUGUAUAUAUUGAGUUAGAAAUGUAAUAUCAUAAGAAUAUCUUCGGUGCCAGUCUUUCAUCUAACUUAAAACGACGCCGAAAUUUGUUGUAUUUCGAGGAUCUCACGUACAAUAUGUGCAUAUACAUAUAUAUACAUAUAUAUAUGUUUUUAUAGAUGCCGAUAUAUGUUCGCGCCUAAAUAUACAUAUAGAUGAGAAGAGUUGAAAAAGCGAUAGAUUAUAAGUGUUACUUGACGUCUUUCUCGAUCGAAAUCUUUUACAUAAAUCUGUACAUUUUUGCCGACUUAAAUGGACAGCGUUGGAAAUUUUUAUUUGCAUUUAAUAAAAGAAUGAGUAAACUGAU